GAUUGACUCGCAGUUUCUUCAGCGUGCCGGUUUUAAAUAUGGCGAGUCCCAUAUUGUUUCAGGAAAUUGUCUGUGCAUAAAGGAAGUGAGGUUUUGUGUUUGCCCUUCGGAACAGGUCUACCGUAGACAGACCCCAUUAAUGCAACAUGAUGUCAAGGAACACAAGAAUAGCGCUGAUAUUUGGGGGCUUUGUGACAGCAGUAGGAGCUGCAUUUUACCCUAUAUUUUUUCAUCCUCUAACACACGAAAGUGAAUACAAGAAAGUGCAGCAUGUGAACCGAGCUGGAAUCAAUCAAGGAGAUGUCCAGCCACCAGGUGUUAAAAUAUGGUCUGAUCCGUACAAAUCAAAAUGAUGCAAUCCCCCCCCCCCCCCUGGACUCUGCUCUGCCUAGUUGAAGAGAUCUUUUGGCUACAGAAGACAACUGGAUACUAACAUGAUAAAAAAGCAGACCUGUUUAUGUGUGUGUGGGUUUAAUGAUUUUUAUUGUACAAAUCCCAUACAAUAAGACGGAUGUUCUUCUAUAGUGUGUAUCCAUAAAACAUCCGUCCAAAAUGUGAUCAUUUCAACAUGGGAUCUGUCUUCUGAAUAAGAGCUUCCAAUGUGUUAAAUAUGUAAUAUGCAGUACAUGGGUAUACAUUUAUUUCAAUUUCUUUUUAAAUUGUGUGUGCCCAGGUGAUGUUUACAAAAAUAAACAACAUUUUGCUAUGGAAUUAGCUGUUAAGUAUUUUCUGGCAGAUAAACUUCAACAAACAGAAUUGUAUGUAUUUAUUUAAAAUACUUAAAUGGUAUGCAAUAGGGUCAUUGGGAUUCAGCGAUGUAUCCAUUAAUGCAUUAGCAAACCCUAAAAAAAAAAAAAGUUUGUUACUGCUUUGUUAGAAAUUAUUUUUAGAUGCCUGCUUUGUUAACCUUUCAAAACUUCUGUCAAACAGUUUAUAAAACUUAAGGGUAUUUGUUUCCACCAGGAACAGCCAAAACGCUAUAUAUUACAAGUACAAAUUAAAGAACUUGAAACACUUUCAUUAACAUACAUAUAA